GAUGACCCCAUGAUUCAGAGCAUUCACAUCAAGAGUAAGAAUAAGACUAACAACAGCAUCAACAAGAAGAUCAAAGAUGACAGGCCUUGGCUCACCAUGUGGUGCGUGCAAGUUCCUACGGAGGAAGUGUGUGAAGGGGUGUGUCUUCGCUCCAUAUUUCAGUCAUGAGCAAGGGGCUGCACACUUUGCUGCUAUACAUAAGGUCUUUGGGGCUAGCAAUGCCUCAAAGCUCCUAAUGCAUCUCCCGAUAAGUGACCGCUGCGAGGCUGCAGUCACUAUGUCAUAUGAGGCACAGGCUAGGCUUCAGGAUCCAAUAUAUGGCUGUGUUGCUCACAUCUUUUCUCUGCAACAACAGGUGGUCAGUCUGCAAGCAGAACUAGAGUCUUUCAAAGCUCUAGCAACACAAGGAUAUGGAGAUGGAUCCUUGCCACCAAACCCUCAGAAAGAAAACUGUGAAAGAUUAGCACCUUACAUUCAAGAUGGGCAGCUCGUUUUUCACCCAACAACGGCAAACAAUUCUUCAGUAAAGAGUGAGAGGCAGUUAUACUUUGCAAAUGACUGCUUCACAUCAGCGUCAACUCAACAUUCUGAAGGUUAUGAGCAAGAUUUAUGCAUGCCUGACUACUACAACAAUAGCAAUCCUUCUUGCACCACGCAAGGGAGUGGGUAUCAUGAUAUGGAUGACCUUCAGUCAGUAGCCUUUGCCUAUCUGCAUGAAGCAUGACAAAACGAGGCAUUUGAUAGCUAUUGUACAAGUUUGAACAGUUUUGGUAACAAUAUCUUACAGAUGUCAAUCAAAUUUUCUAGCAUGGGCACUGUGUUACUGAAGAAGCUGUGUGUUGAUGAACUCAUAAUUAAAACAUCAAGCUGCACUUUUGUAGUUUAGCAAUCCUAGUUUCUGCGUGCUGAAGCCCUGCAGAAGAAUUAAAUUGAAAUCAUUUUUCGGUUAGAAACACAUCAUUUGGUGCAGCUAAAUAGAACAUCGAAGAUAAAUAGACAGUAAUGGUACUGCAUUUCAGUUUGUUAUGUGGAAACCAGAUGGUUCUUGAGUGUAUAAUUGUAAUUUUAGUGCUUGUACUGAACAUCUGUUGGACUCUGUAAGCAAGUAUUUUAGCUAUUUGUUAUCCUUCUUUUUUUCCCAAAAAAGAUAACAAUGGUGCUAAUCAAUGUUUUCAGGUCGUCCGAUUAAUCGCAAUUAAUCGCGAUUAAUCGUCCUGGUCGGUCAGGUCGACCAGAAACCUGGUCGUCCGAUUAGUCAUCCACUUAUCGCGAUUAAUCGUCUGAUUAGGACAUGGACGACCAGGUUGUGUGCUCUGUUUUUGGGCUUUUUUGACUGGGCAGAUAUGUGGGGGGUAUGGAGAUGCUGUUGGUUGUCCCAGUUCUCCAGAAAUAGUUAAGAAGGAGAUGUUGGUUUACAUCAAAAAGAGUUGAAGAUGAAGAGGAAUGUUGGUUUACAGUAAUGCA